AUGGAUCACGCACACCACAUGAUGGACCACGGCGAUAUGGACAUGCCCGGCCACGGCGGCCACGACAUGCCCGCCAUGUGUCGUAUGGAUAUGCACUUCACUUGGGAUACGACCAACCUCUGCAUCGUCUUCGAGUCCUGGCACAUCCGGUCCACCGUGGGCCUCAUCUUCUCCCUCCUCGCCGUCGUCCUGAUCGGGAUGGGCUACGAGGCCCUGCGCGCCGGCACGAGGCGGUACGAGAUUGCUAUGAACAAGAGGAUGGAAUCUGUUCCGAGGCAGAACAAGGCGCAGGUUAACCAGCGGGUGCGCGUGGUCAAGGCGGUUCUGUAUGCGUUACAGACUUUUUAUGCGUUCAUGCUGAUGUUGGUAUUCAUGACUUAUAACGGCUGGGUGAUGGUGGCCGUGACGCUGGGGGCAUUCUUUGGCUAUUUGACCUUUGGGGACCAGACUUCGGUCACAAGAGAGACGCAGUGCCAUUAG